CUUUUCAAAAGAGGAUAUCUACAUUUUGGCGGGUAUUGUCACUUGCGAAGCGAAUGAAAAUUUGGCGAGUUUCGCCGUGGCGAAUUGUAAGUUGCGAAUCUCUAACGAAUUCGCCAGAAAAUGACGAACGAGUGACGAAAAUAAAUUUCUGGUAUUGACGCUGGCGAAAAAACGGCAUUCGCUUCGCCAUUACUGUCAAAAUUUAACGAAUGUAUUUUUUAUUCGCUAUUUGUAAUGGAAAGGACAACAAAACGUACAACAACGCAGCAAUUCCAAAAAUUGGUUGCGUUAAUGGAAAAUAAUCCGGACGUCGUCAGAGGAAUGGGGAAUUUAAGAUCGACAAAGAAAUGCAGGGCAGAGCAAUGGGACCUGUUCGCUGCCGAACUCAAUGCCAUUGGUCCACCAUUGCGAAACGGGCGCGAGUGGAAUAAGGUUUGGUUAGAUUAUAAACAGAAACUAAAAAAAAAAAUAGCGACAAACCGACGCGAAACUGUUGCCACAGAAGGAGGACCUGAUGCUCAGCAAAGUUUAUCUCCAUUAGAGCAAAGUGUGGAUGAGCUUCUUCACCUUCAGGCGGUUGUAAGUCCUACAGGCUUAGCAUAUGGCUCUAAUGAAGUAGAAACUGCGGCAAAUAAUAGUGAGAUUCAGCCAGAAGAGCGCACGACCGAGGAAACACAACGAGCCAUGGAUUUGGCAUCGCAAUCCUCAAGCAGCCGUCCUAGAAUGACAGUAGAGCAGUGAUGCCCAAACGCACACUACCAAACUGUGUGCUUGUGUUGGAGUAUGAGAGAGCUUGCUGCUACACCCAAAAAAAAUACAAAACUUUAGUAUUAAUUAAUAUAAAAAAAUUUGAAAGUGAUUCGACAACUUUUACAAAAUUGUGAAAUUAAUGAAAUUCCUUAUUAAUUUUUAAUCAAUUACAAAAAUAAAGACAAUUCACGUGUCAAAAAGAAAUUAAAAUUCAAAAAAUUUUAAAUAUUGAAUUUAUGUUGAAGUUUUCACCUAAACGGCUGUAUCAAAAACUAAAAAUCAAUAUUUUCAUGGUUUUGAACCAAAAUUGUUAAUCAGCGCGCACAUACUAAUUACAUGCGUAGCAGUCAACAGUCGUUGAUCAAGUGAUUUUCAAAUGCACAUUAAUUUUCCACAAUGUAUAGAGAGCGCUUGACUAAUACGUGUGAGCGAAUCUGUGAGAGAGUAAUAAAGUCGGCCGCCCGCGGGCUAGGCAAAGCGCUUCACUGCAGUAGAGGAACGUGAAGUCAUUCGGAUGAAAGCGUUAGAAAAGCAAGCCGAAGUUCAAGACAUCCUUUCCAA